GGCGAGCGAGAUCGCAGGGGCGCGGGGACCUGGGCGGCGAGCUGGGGACUCGGAGGCUGCUGGCACUGUGGCUGCGAGAACCGCCGCGGCCAAAGCCUCUGGGCCCGGGAGACCGCUCGCUCGCCGCCCUCCGGGAAGCUCCAGCCCCGCAGGUACGGCCUUUUUCGUUCCCGACCUUGUCCUUUCGCGCCGAUCGCGACACUCCCGAGCUCCCCGCGUCGGUGUGCCCGGGAACAGAGAGGACAGCGACUGCGGUGAGGAGGAAAGGAGGGCCUGAGCCCCGCGCCCCAGGCCGCGGCGGCCUGAAGACGGAGCAGCAAGGGCUCUGGCCUGCCCCAAGGGCCGGGUUCCCGCACCCCAGCCCAGACCCCCUGCCUGGCAUCUCCCACCCCUGGGCGCUCCUCACCUCCGGGCCUCGGGGCGCCUUCGGCCCCUCCUGCACCAUCUCCGGGAAGAACCCAACAUUUAAUGUGGGGUUUUCUUGAGUGAAACAAGUCUUUUGCUCCAUGAUGGAUUUAAGGCGUAUAUAUUUUUGAAGGAUUUUUAAGAAGCAUUUGGUUUUUUGAUCUUCAUUUUUGUGACAAUCCCUCGCUCACCUAUACAUUAUUAUUUUUUUGUGAUUAUUAUUUUUUUGUGAUUAUUAUUUUUCUUUCCGCUCCUUGCUCCGAGAGGGAGAGGACUCAGAAGGGAGGAUGUACCAGAGCCUGGCCAUGGCCGCCAACCACGGCCCCCCUCCUGGGGCGUACGAGGCGGGCGGCCCCAGCGCCUUUAUGCACGGCGCGGGCGCCGCGUCCUCGCCCGUCUACGUGCCCACCCCGCGGGUGCCCUCCUCCGUGCUGGGCCUCUCCUACCUCCAGGGCGGAGGCGGCGGCGCCGCGUCCGGAGCCUCCUCCGGCGGCAGCACCGGUGCGGCCCCGUCGGGCGCGGGGCCCGGGACCCAGCAGGGCAGCCCCGUGUGGAGCCAGGCGGGGGCCGAGGGCGCCGCCUACACCCCGCCGCCCGUGUCGCCGCGCUUCUCCUUCCCGGGCACCACCGGGUCCCUGGCGGCCGCCGCCGCCGCCGCCGCGGCCCGGGAAGCCGCCGCCUACGGCACGGGCGGCGGGGCGGCGGGUGCGGGCCUGGCCGGCCGCGAGCAGUACGGCCGCGCCAGCUUCGCGGGCUCCUACUCCAGCCCGUACCCCGCCUACAUGGCCGACGUGGGCGCGUCCUGGGCCGCUGCCGCCGCCGCCUCCGCCGGCCCCUUCGACAGCCCGGUCCUGCACAGCCUGCCCGGCCGCGCCAACCCCGCCGCGCGACACCCCAAUCUUGUAGAUAUGUUUGAUGACUUCUCGGAAGGCAGAGAGUGUGUCAACUGUGGGGCCAUGUCUACCCCACUCUGGAGGCGGGAUGGGACAGGGCACUACCUCUGCAACGCCUGUGGCCUCUACCACAAGAUGAACGGCAUCAACCGGCCCCUCAUCAAGCCCCAGCGCCGGCUGUCCGCUUCCCGCCGAGUGGGCCUCUCCUGUGCCAACUGCCAGACCACCACCACCACGCUGUGGCGCCGCAACGCGGAGGGCGAGCCCGUGUGCAACGCCUGCGGCCUGUACAUGAAGCUCCACGGCGUUCCCAGGCCUCUUGCGAUGCGGAAAGAGGGGAUCCAAACCAGAAAACGGAAGCCCAAGAACCUUAAUAAAUCUAAGACGCCAGCAGGUCCCUCUGGCAGUGAGAGCCUCCCUCCUACCAGCAGCGUUUCCAGCAACUCCAGCACCGCGACCACCAGCAGCAGCGAAGAGAUGCGCCCUAUCAAGACAGAGCCAGGGCUGGGGUCCCAUUACGGCCACAGCAGCUCCAUGUCCCAGACGUUCUCGGUCAGCGCCAUGUCCGGCCACGGGCCGUCCAUCCACCCGGUCCUCUCAUCCCUGAAGCUCUCCCCGCAAGGCUACGCAGCUUCCGUCAGCCAGUCACCGCAGGCCAGCUCCAAGCAGGACCCUUGGAACAGCCUGGCCUUGGCCGACAGUCACGGGGACAUAAUCACCGCAUAAUGUCGCCUCCCUCCCUCCUCAGAUUCCUGCACAGAUUGGGACUUGGAGAACCACAGGGGGCGAGGACCGGCUCCCAGCAGCCGUCCUGCUCCGCCUGGCAGUGACUCCGGAACACCUGGGAAGAAACUUGAAGUCCAUGAUUUGGUUAGGGGAGUGGGUGUAGGAUUUCAUCAGAUGCCUCUUCAACAUGAGGGGCCGGGACGAGCCCAGACUCUGGUCCAGACGCACCCACCCUUCACGAGGAGCACACUCAAGUCCCUUCCAUGGAGCCGGAGACUUCUUUCUCGUCCUCUGCCCCACUCCACCCUGACGAGAGAGGAGCUGUUCUUCUCUACCCUCCCAUCACUAUGGCCUGAGACGGUGGUUUCCCUCUGGUGAUCCCAGCACCGGGAUCUGAGGGUGGGGAGAGGGGCCGGUGCUGGGACCCUGCUCCCGCCUGAGCUAGCGCAUCCAUGUGCCUGCCUUUCCAUGUGACAGGCCCCUCCAGGCAGCUCCUGCCCGUGCCCAACACUCCCCUUCGGGCUCAGCACACCCCUGCACCUCUCAGUACUGAAUCCCGGCUCCAGGAACGGUGGGCGUCGCCCGUGUCACUGGGUGCUCUGUGGGGAGAAGGAGGAGAGGCUGCCUCACCCAGCAUGCGGUAUGGCACCGCAGAAUCUCAACUUGGCAAUGUCGCCUCCCCCACGUUCCUUUUCCCGGCUCAGGGCCUCAUCCCUUCGCUCCUUCUCUUCACCCCAAGGCGUCCGAAAAGAAAAAUCCCUUCCACCGCUCUGUGCGAUUCAGCCUGCCUUCAGCUUGGCCGUGUCUCUCCCUCAGCAAAACAGGAGCUCAGCAGUUUAGCCGAACAUCAAGCCCCCCAAGUCUGCCCCUCAAAAUCCUUCCUCCGCCCCAUCAUGCACAGGGGGUUCUGAGUGAGAACAAAAAAGGUUUUGCUGCUAAAGCGAGUUUGACCGACACUGACCUAAGACUUGAAUUCCCUCUGGAGAGGCUGUCUGGACACCCUGGGGCUGGGCCGCCACUGAAUCGGGAGCAGGGUUUUCCGUGGAUUCUGACUCGCUUGCACUUGGAUCUUGCUGACGCCACUUCUGUUCUGCGGAGCUGGGCUUCUGGGCCAGGCAGCGAGUCCACCCAAGUGGUGCACCUGGCAUCCUUCUCCAGCAGAAACCUGUUGUCCAAGAGGUGAAAAGCUAGCGAUUUCGCGACAUAAAUUCAAAGCAAACACGACAAAACUCCUGAAAAGAAAGAGGACGGCGGCUCAGAGAAGACACUGAAUUGGGCCUCGGGGACUCUCCGGUGCUGGACUGGAAUUGGCCUUUUUCCUAGCUCCACGUUGCUGUUUCUGCCUGUGAUGCCGGAGCUCACAGACUCCUCCCUCCGUGUCCUCCUUAUCCAGAGUGUCACCGACUGCGUCCUACCCUGAGCAACCCGCUCCCACCCCACCCCCAAAUCCUACAGGCUGUAGCAGAGAAUAUCUCUAAACCAAGAUUCUGCUUUAAUCAUCAUUUACAUUGCUUUCUUUCCUGAAGGCCGCCCUCAUAUACAAUACUUUCCCUAACCCACAAACGCGUUAACAUUGUCUUAAGGUGAAAUGGCUGUAAAAUCAGUAUUUAACUAAUAAAUUUAUCUGUACUCCUCU